AGAAAAACACAAUCGUAUAGCAUAAAACAUUAACAAUUGUGUGAAUAAGAGGCGCUGAAAGACGACGACGCAGCAGUUGAAAAGAGAACGCUCCAAACGGUAGACUACGAAGUAUGUAAAAAGCAAACAAACAGCACAAACGCAAUGAAGCAUAAGUAGUGAUAGCAAGUAGUGGCUGAUGUAGCUGUCAUAUUAACGGGAGUAAAAAACUGGCUGGCCAACUAUUUAGCGUGAUUUAAAAGCAAAUGCAACAGAAGAACAGAAAGCAAUUAUAUGACAACGAAAUUGUACGCCAGCUAAUGAAUCACACGACUUACCAUCCACUGGCCGCAUUACUCAUACAACAAAAACUUUGAGAGAAACAUUUUCAAGCAAAUUCAGCUCAUUUAAUAUAAAAAUAAAAACAAAUACAAGCAAUAUAAACUUAUAAAAAAUAACGAAAAGCAACAACAACAAUUCUGUGUAAAACAAAAUUACGUCAACGAUACAACGAAGCAAUACUCAAAACUGUGAGCAAAACAAAAGCAAAAAAACAUCAAGUAAACAAAAAGAAGAAAAAAAUUAAAAAUUUAGAUUUAGCAUACAACAUUGAAAUUAAAAAGCAUUAGAAGCGUUAAAAACGUUGGAAAAUUAUACAAUUAACAAUUAAUAGCAAAUUCACGCUUAUCAAAUAAGUAUUUGGCAAUUACGAAACCAGAGAAUAACGCAGAAGAAAGCGAUUGAGAGAGCAAUUUUAAGUGAGUAACAACGAGUUCGGACCUCCCACUUGAAUGGUGCAAAGCGAACUUCUCCAACAAAAUGUCCGUCGAUUGCAUGCGACCAACGAGUAAUAAGAUCGUCAUCACACCCGGUGCAACACUGUGCUAUGCAACGAACCCGUCAGCACGAGCACGUAACACAAUACGACAGCAGACAACGACGGCGGUGAGAUCAACGCGACCACAAGCAAAUACAACAAUAUGCAAGGGCAAAGCAUUGGCCACGGUGAAGCCAACAACACCACUUCCGAAACAACAAUCGACGAUUGUGGUGGUUAGAAAGCCUGCAGUAAGCGCGUCGGCACAAGCCACACCACCACCAUUACAGCCGAAAACGAAAUAUGCAUCGCUUGUGCCGUUAUCGCGCAGCACCACCAAGCGCAUACGCAAUGGCGGCAAUCAGAAGUCGACAAAGGAUCGCAUUCACAUAGAGUUCGAGGAAGCAACAAGUGAUUUGGAGGUAUGCAAACGGCUUGAGUGGUCGGCCGCACAAUCGUUAGUCGAAAUGAAUGCGAAAGAGAAACAGCGACGCAGUGCUGCAGCAGUACAGGCGAUUAUUGAGCGGAAGCCAUUGACAUCGGUGGCGACUCAAGAUGUAACAAUAGUGCAGACACCAAUCAAUGGCGCGGUUUGGAGUGAAGCAAACUCGCACAACAAUGGUAAGUAUACCAACAGAGUGGAACAGCGACGCAAUGUGGUCAAGUGGAAUGCCAGAAAUAACAGCAACAACAACAAAACGUCUACUAAUGAAACCACUUCCGGAAAAUGUGCGGCACCAUUAACAACUAUCGGUGGUGGACGCUCACCAGCGGAAGAUGGCAAAGUCAUAUUCUAUGCACCACCAGCCGGUGGACUGAACGCCAAUCAAACUUCCACUCAGGCGCCAACAUUCACGAUCAAACAAGAACCAACAUUGCCGGCGUUUUAUCGCGAACGCAGUAUCGAGGAGACCGAAGCCGCCCACGAUCUACUCUCACUAUCACAAAGUCUACCGCCACUAACACCGCCUUGUGUCGUCACCAUACUACAUCAGCAGGAGGCGUCGACUAACCGCAAUCACAACAACCCAAACACCAAUACCAACAACAAUAACAACAUCAGCACAAUACAACACCAAGCUCACUAUCAGCCACAGAUACAACCAGCCACAGGCAUCAUGCAUGAAAUAUCCAGUGCUUCCAAACAGCAAAGAGCCGCCGCAGUGUCACAAUCGCAGUCGCCAACACAACCACAAUCACAACAGCAACAACAUCAACUAGCACCACCACCACUCUGUGCGGCAACAAUUAAUGCGGAUAACUUUACUAUAUUCACGGUGGAAGAGAUCCAUGCGGCAGCACAACGACCAGCAACACACGGACAGGGUCCGCCGAAGAUACGUUACAUCAGCAGCGGCAGCAGCAGCUCAUACGAUAGUCACGCAGGCGCAAAUACACCAGACAACUCGGAGAACUGUUCGCCGCUAACGCCACCAAAUUCCGAUCACUCAUCCGACAUAGACAUUGAUAUGUCCUCCUCAUCGGAGUCGGGUCAUUCCAAUUCGAACUAUCAACCAACGCUGAAGCUGUGGAUCGACGAGCCGACGGCCGCGUACAAAAUGCGACGCACUUCCGCCAACGCAAUGGCAAUUGAUGAGAUGAUCGAUGCUAAGACCAGUCACAAUGCCGCCAAGCUGGGCCUUAAUAUAUUGGAUGGACGCACCAAGGCGAGUCGUUGCAACAAGGAGCCAAUCGAAAUGCACACAACCGGCAACUACGGUGCGAAUGCCACGGACACGGAAGCGUAUGUGAAGAAGAAACGCGGCAGCUACAAGUGCUCCGAAUGUGGCAAACAGUAUGCCACUUCGAGUAAUCUCUCGCGUCACAAGCAAACGCAUCGCUCGCUCGACUCGCAAUCGGCAAAGAAAUGCAACACUUGCGGCAAGGCUUACGUCUCCAUGCCCGCACUGGCCAUGCAUCUACUCACGCACAAACUCUCGCACAGCUGUGACAUCUGUGGCAAGCUCUUCUCACGCCCUUGGCUACUGCAGGGCCAUCUACGUUCGCAUACCGGUGAGAAGCCGUAUGCGUGCUCACAUUGCGGCAAAGCUUUCGCCGAUCGCUCCAAUUUGCGUGCCCAUAUGCAGACGCAUUCGAUUGACAAGAACUUCGAAUGCAAACGCUGUCACAAGACGUUCGCACUGAAGUCGUACCUAAACAAGCAUCUGGAGUCGUCAUGUCUCAAGGAUAUGAUGGGUAUGUCCAGCGAAGAGGCGGCUGAAUUUUACGGUGGACAAGUUGAAGGCGAUGGUGAAGGUGAUGGUGAGGGCGAGUGUGAAUCAACAACAGCGCAGAGUAGUGAUGAGAAUGAUGAGGAUAUAGUCGUAGCAUAGAGGCUGAUGGAGGGAGACAACAAUGUAAGAAAGCAGCAAUUAUAAGAAUAUGUGCCAGGGUAAGUGCAAAAGCUUAGUAGUGAUGUGAAAGUUUCUUCUAAAUGCGUAAGCUUUUUUUCUAAUAUGAAAGCUCUUCCAAAAAAGAGGAAAGCUUAAAAUUUUACCAACUGCUAUUGUAAAAUAUAAAAAGAAAAAUUUGUAAAAGUAGUUUUUUCUAUAGUAAGAAGUUCGAUAGUUAAAGCAAAAGUAGAGAAAAGUAAAACAAGAAGUCGAAGAAGUGGAUGAGACGUGAAAGCUAAAGUGAAAGCUGUAGAUUUUUUUCGCAAAACAAAAAAAAAACGCAAUUAAACAACAAUACAAAACCUACCAACUUUAAGUAAAAAUCCCAUGCAACGAAUAUUAUGGAACAUAAGUAGAAAUUCUAUAUAUACAUACAUAUAUAUAUAUAUACAACAAAAUUAUUAUAAUUAUUAUUAUUAUUGAGAUUAUUAUGAGGCAAAUAUUAUUAGGAUUUAUUGAUAAGAAAAAUUUAAAUUUAAAUUAGAAAGUGUGUUAUGUUGGCACAUGAGGCAAGUGAACAUUUGAUAUAUUCGUAGUGAAAAUUACAAAACCAAAAAAAAAAACAACACAAACAAUUAUAUAAGUAAGUAAACAAAGCAAAAGUAGAAAAAAAACAGUGAGUAGCGCCAUCUAGUCAAAGAAAGUGAAAGAUUUAGCAAAAUUUCACUCUUCAAGCAAGCAAGCAAGUAUGCACUUUAAGUGCGCUCAAUCGAGCUGAGCGUGUAGCCAAGCGUGGUUUAUUUGAGAUUAGGAAGUUCUGCGUUUAAGAUCAAAGCCAUACAUAGGCAUGUUUUAUAUAAAACGAAAUACAUAGUUAAAUAUGUAUGUGUGCUCUCAUGUUUAUACAAUAUACAUACACACAUUUAUAUAUAUAAAUAUAUUAUAUAUAUAAUAUAUUAGUAAUAGCAGACAUUGAGCAGCAGUUGAUAUUUUUUUAGAGUAUUUCAUAUACAUAUAUUUUAAUUGAUUAAGUGAAAUAUUAAAAGAAGAAUGGCGGACAAUUUAACAAGUAUAAAAUUACAUUCAAUUCAAAUAUUCUUGAAGUAAUGCAUUAUAACGGUAAUAUACUUAGUAUAGUAAUUUACAACACUAAUACUUGCAUACAAUUUCGAAAACCAAAAGAUCUCAAACUAAUUAGGAUGAUUUAAUGAUUUGUCGAUAAACUGGCGUAAAUUUGUUUUACAAUUUAUUUAAAUAUAUUUAUUUUAUUUAUAUUUUUUAUA